CGGGAGAGAGGCCGGAAGCACUCGGAAGUCACGUGCUCCCCGGGCCUCGCGAGUGAUUGGCUUGGAAGGACGUGAAUGAUGCCGCUGUGAUUGCUGAAUUGUCUGGGCAGGGUUUGGAGUCUGGUAAGCUCUGGUGACCUGUGCUUCCUUCUGAAGAGGACCGAGAGGCCCGCUAUCGCUGAAUUCUAGGGGUCACAACCCCAUCAGAGCCCUGCAGGCCCCGCUCAGACAUCAUCAACAUGGAGUUCUGAAGUCCAUGUGGCUCCUAACAGUGAACCAGCACCUCCCUGCUCCACAUUUCAUAGCCGCCUCUCACAUGAGGACGUCUUCCUCCGCCUCUGGGUAUCAACAUCCUUGUCUGCAAAAUGGGGUCUUAAGGAAAAUGCAGAGACGCCACAGUAGUAACACGGAUAACGGUCCACCUGAAAGAAAUCGCAGCCAAGCCCUCAGCUCUGAGGCAAGCGUGGAUGAAGGCGGUGUCUUUGAAAGCCUGAAGGCAGAGUCGGCCUCCCCACCCGCGCUCUUCUCUGGUCUCCCUGGCCUCCCAGCGGGCAGCCUGCCCACCACCCCAUUCCCAUCCAGCCUGGUGCUGGGGGCGUCGGCCGGAGGCGGAGACGUGUUCAUCCAGAUGCCUGCGUCCAGGGAGGAGGCCGGGGGCCGGGGCGAGGGGGGCGCCUACCACCACCGCCAGCCCCACCACCACUUCCACCACAGCGGCCACCGUGGGAGCUCGCUGCUGCAGCACGUGGGCGGGGACCACCGUGCCCACUCAGAUGAGGGAAGCGACGAGCAGCCAGGGACACCUGCCCCUGCCCUGUCCGAGCUGAAGGCAGUGGUCUGCUGGCUCCAGAAGGGGCUGCCCUUCAUCCUGAUCCUCCUGGCCAAAGUGUGCUUCCAACACAAACUCGGCAUUGCCGUGUGCAUCGGGAUGGCCAGCACCUUCGCCUACGCCAACUCCACGCUUCGAGAACAGGUCUCUCUGAAGGAGAAGAGGUCGGUGCUGGUCAUCUUGUGGAUCUUGGCUUUUCUGGCGGGGAACACCCUGUAUGUGCUCUAUACAUUCAGUUCCCAACAGCUGUACAACAGCCUCAUAUUCCUGAAGCCCAACCUGGAGACGCUGGACUUCUUCGACCUGCUGUGGAUCGUGGGCAUUGCUGAUUUUGUGCUGAAGUAUGUCACCAUCGCCCUCAAGUGCCUCGUCGUGGCCCUGCCCAAGAUCAUCCUGGCCGUCAAGUCCAAGGGCAAGUUCUAUCUGGUCAUCGAGGAGUUGAGCCAGCUGUUCCGAUCACUUGUCCCCAUCCAGCUGUGGUAUAAAUACAUCAUGGGGGACGACUCCUCCAACAGCUACUUCUUAGGAGGGGUCCUGAUUGUUCUCUACAGCCUCUGCAAGUCAUUCGACAUCUGUGGUCGUGUGGGCGGAGUUAGGAAAGCCCUGAAGCUUCUCUGCUCCUCUCAGAAUUACGGCGUCCGGGCCACUGGGCAGCAGUGUACGGAAGCCGGUGAUAUCUGUGCCAUCUGCCAGGCCGAGUUCCGGGACCCUCUGAUCCUCAUGUGCCAGAUGAGGAAACUGAGGCACAGAGCUCCAUGUGGUCACUUUCCCAGGGUCACCCAGCUAACAGGGGUGGACUCUCUGUCUGGCUUCAGACUCUCAGCCACCAUGCUCACCUGCCGCUCAGACACUGUAGGCAUGGGGCCCAGCAGAUGUGGCUUUUUAGAAGCACGAGAGGUGAUUUUGGUGCCCAUGCAUGGCCCAGGUGCAUAGCACAUUUGGUUUGGGCCCCACUGAGGAUGCCAACAGUGAGCACUGGCUCUGGAAAUCUAGCUGUGGCUGGAUUCAUGGAAAGAGUUGGUCUUUAAAAUUGCCAUUUUGCUGGGCUCUGGCUGGGAUGCUCCAUCGCAUUUGGGUAUCAAGAAUGACCAGCUUUGGUCCCGAUGCAGAUAUCACUGGAUCUCCACACCUGUCCCCAUUUCUCUCCUCCUCCUUCUGUUCUCAUCCUGCCCCUCACUUAAGUCUCAGCCUGUCAACAGUGCCUGUAGCCAUCACCAUCUCCCCUGGUGGCCUUGCAAGCAAAAUGAACAAUUCACGUUAUGGAUUUUUCCACAAGCCUGGGUGGUGGCGUAGAGCGCAGUCGCGGUCAGAGUUUCUGUAAUCUUUAUAACAGAGAGGUUGAUCUCUGUAACAGAACAGCUUCUCCACCUGUGCGAUCCUCCCUGCUUUGAAUGUGGGAGAAGAUGGCACAGGUAGUCACUUAGAAGCUUCUGGAAUCUUGCCUGCCCUAACCCUCUCCCCACUCUCUUCACUCACCAUCAACCUCAGCACAAUGGCUGGUGCCAGCGGCGUUACAGAGAAAUCAGUCUUGUGGCUCAGGAGCAGAUUAGCAACAAAGCCCCAGCAGAAAUGGUGGGAGACUUGCUGCCGUCUCGCUCUCAGCCAGUAAUAACAAGCCCACCCCAUCCCUGAUAGUUUCAGGACAUUUGCCCCCGUGUGCUGUCAAGCCAGGACCUUUUCCUGUGCCUGACAUCCCUGGCUCUUUCCUGGUACCCAGCAAGACAACCCUCCCAGGGCAGCAUGGCAUCUUUCAAGCUCUGUUACUAUGGCAAUGGCUGCGAUGUUACAAUCCCACUUGCCUGGAUAAUCAAGUCGGAAGGGGAAGCGGAGGGAAAGGGGGCCGGGUGGAUGCGGCUACUCUGGUCCCCCUGCCUUGAGGAAGAACCAAAGGGAAGCAACGGGAGCUUCUGUGGCUGGUUUUUUAUCAGAAAGAUCACUGCCUGCAGAUGCCAUCAAAGAGACACAAGAAAUUGAAGCUGGAGAAGAUUUAUUAACGUGCUAGCUUGCGACAGAGUGGAUAAGGCAGAAUUCUGAUUCCAAACUCUGCAUGACUUUGGGAAGCCACUUCACGUCCCCAUGGCCAUCUCCAGGAUGAUGAAACCUUGUGUGUUAAUCUGCUGGAGCCAGAAAAGCUAACAAUUGUGGAAGAGUGGGGAAGGCACCCGUGGUUUUGCCAGUUUCACUGGUGCCACCAAAAAAAUAGAGAAGAGAAACCCAGACGUCUCUAACAAUCUUCAAAUAAUGAGCCAUGCCUUUGACGUUAUGAACAAUGUCACACAUGGAGGACACGUGGGGGCAGCUGGGAUGAUUUAGUUUAGAAUUUUACUUAUUCAUUCCCUAGCCUCUGGGGGGGGAAGUUCCGUCUGGAGGUUUUCUUUUGGAUGGGAGGAACUUCCACCCUAAGGAGGGACAACAGCCAGUGAAGUGUCCCAACCAUCGGGCUGCAUAGGUUCCCCACCAUGAGGGUAAAAGCAGCCAAGGGUUGUCAUUGGAAAGAAGAACAUUCUCCAUUGCCCAUCCUGGCUCUGCUACUCCUUUGUUAUAAGCAGGAUUAAUCACAUAUUGGAUCGGAGUAUCGUGCUCUUAAUAUUUUAUGAUUCACUGACUCAAGUUCCUGAAACUCUUGGAGAUGGCUCUCUAAAUGUAAAAGAUCUUGGGCAUCAUAAAUGUGAGAAUAGAAAGGCAAGCUUUGGACCUGGAUAGAACAGGCUCAUUACCUUCAUAAGAGGAGAAAGUGAGAGACGCUUGGAGGCACCAGGCGCCUAAGACUUUGGGUUGGGAAAAGGACAUGUAAAGUGAGUCCUGGGAUCUCUCAGUAAUUUUGCUCUGGGCUGAACAGAGCUGCCUUUGGCGUUUUUAAUUUUCCCUUAAGUUCCUUUCUGCCAAUAAAUAUCAUCUGUCGAU